CGCAGGGGAGCGGAGCACGUGACCGCAAUGGAAUGCAAACAAUGCGGCGGGCGGGCGUCCAAGUCCAUCCCGCUGCCGCGCUGCUGCUUCGUGCACAGCCUGUGUGUGAGAGUGAGAGAGGGGAGAGCAGCGGGGAGACCCCCGGGAACCCGGCCGCAGAGCGAGCACCCUGCGCUGCACAUGUGUAACAUCAACAUGACACGUAACGCUGCUGCCUGCUGCCGGGCGCACUCUGCCAGUCUGCGCUGAUGCCCGGCCAGCCGGGGGCGUGCGGCGCCGGAGCGGGCAGGGGACCUGCACUGUGACAGCCUCCAGGACCCGAGGACCCCCCCCGUAAGGCACCAGUGUUGUUAUUCGAAAGUAAAACAUAAUAAGCCACUGUGUUUGGUUGGACCCGGAUCAUUCCUGCUGCAUGAGAGGCACACGGGGAAUUUUUUUUCCCCCCCUUCUACUAAGACGCUCUGAUCGGACUGUAAAUUCUCCCCAGCUUGGAAUGUGCCUCUGUGACUGUGGAGCUGACGCCAAGAGGAAAGAGGAGGAGGUGAAGGAGGAACUCUAAGUAACUUCCCUAGGAGUGAGGAGACGUCCUAUUCCUCGAUUUUUGUUCUUUCUUUUUACAUAGAAGUCUCUAAACACCGUUCCUCUAUGAAAAUACCAUGCGGUUAACUAGAACGGGGCACGGCUGUGAGUGGGAGACUGGCCAAGGUUGAGAAUGCGGAUCUCCUCAUUGUUUGGGAUAUGUAUGACUGGUUACCCCAUAAUCGCUAAUAAUCCUAUGGUUACCCUGAUCUACAUAACAACUCUAUGCUGAGCUUCAUAAACUGGAUUAACUAUGAGGCCAAAAACUUUCCCUGCAACUACUUAUUCUGGGAACAGCAGGCAAAGACUGCAGGAAAUUCGUGAAGGAUUAAAACAGCCAUCAAAACCUCCGGCUCAGGGUUUAUCAGUUGGACCUGCUGGUGAUGGUCUACUGGACCUCAAGGUUCUGCAUGUCAAAGAUGCAGGCAGACAGCAGCAACAACAACAACAGCAGCAGCUGCGGCAGCCUGCCAAGUUCGCACCAUACCAAAAGGCCCUGCGGGAAAUACGCUAUUCUCUCCUCCCCUUUGCCAAUGAAUCUGGAAACAUGGCUGCUGUGGAGGUGAACCGGCAGAUGCUACAGGAUCUGGUGAAAGUGGGCUGUGAUCAGGAAAUGGCAAUAAGGGCUUUGAAGCAGACAGGAAGCAGAAGCAUUGAGGCGGCACUCGAAUUCAUCAGUAAGAUGGGGUACCUGGACCCAAGGAAUGAGCAAAUCGUCCAAGUGAUCAAGCAGACAUCGUCAGGGAAAAGCACAGCUCCAAAUAAUGUUCUCCAUCGGUCAAGUUUUGAAGGACCAAGUGAAAGUUUUUCACCUUAUCAUUCAAUGAGCAAUGCAGCCUAUGAAGGUCCCAGCUUUCCAGUUGAAGGAUCCAAUGUUCUUAGUGAUGUUCCACGUCAAUAUAUGGAUUACUUGCUGUCUGCGCCCCAGCCUGGGCCAAUGAAUGGGCCAUCACAGAGGCCUACAGCGCAUAACACACCUGGAGGACACCAGCACCAACAAAAGGCCUAUGCCACAAGCGUAGAGCCCCCUGCAAUGAACUAUGCUAUUGUGAAUCACACCAGCCAGGGUCUACCUAUGCAGCCCUCUCAUGCAUCCAACAGCCCACACUACGGGCGCCAGCAUCUCCUAGUCCAAGGGGAUCCUAUGGGGUACGGAGUUCAAAGAACCCCAUCAUUUCAAAACAAAAUACAGCCUGAUGGAGGGUAUGUAACUAUACAGAACAAAGGCCCUGUACCUCAUUCCAGCCCAAGCCAUGCAUAUUCGCAAGCCCCGGCAGGUCUCUAUAUGCCGCACCCUCACCAAAAACAGUCAAGUCCUAAUUCUCACCAAAUGCUUGUCAUGCCAAGAGGGUCCCCAUUUUCUAGUGAGUAUUCUGACACACCACAGAACCUUUUAACACCAACACAAACUAGCUUAAAUAUGGAUAUGUAUGAUAUGGGCAGUGUGUGUCAGUGGCAGAAUGCACAGUCACGCCGUGAUUCUCUUCAGGGAUCUGGAAUGGACACCUCUGCACGACAACAUGUCUCGUUCCGAGCAGAAUCCCAGGCACCUAGUCGAAACAAUUCCUUUAAUAACCACCAGCAGCCAAAGCAGGUACAAUUGAGGCAGGCUCCCCAAAGUAAACCUGAUCCUUCUAUGGCAUCACCAAACACCAUUACAACUGUGACAUCCGCCCACAUACUCCAGCCCGUAAAUAGUAUGAGGGUAAUGAGACCAGAGCCCCAGACUGCCGUAGGACCAUUCCACCCUGGUUGGUUAGCAGCACAAACUCAAGUGGCAGAAAACCCACAGAUGAUUGAGCCCCAUCCGUUAUCUGUCGGUGGCGCGGGUCCUUACGGGAUUGAUGUAGAUUAUGGCAACCAGGAUAUGCGAUUUCCACCACCACCCUAUCCAAAGCAUCUCUUGCUUCAGAACAGCUCCGAGCAGCAUGAAUUGAACUCUCUAUGCAAGGGAGUAGAGCAGAACCUGCGGGUUGUUGAUAACGUGACAAAUAGUCACGAGGAUGACGCCAACGGAGAUGUAAAACAUGAGAAAGUGAGCAAGAGUUCCAAAGCUGUCAAGUCUGGGAAAGACAAGAAGCAGAUUCAAACAUCGCCUGUGCCAGUGCGGAAAAACAGCAAAGACGAGGAGAAGAGGGAAUCCAGAAUUAAGAGCUACUCACCAUUUGCCUUUAAAUUUUACAUGGAACAGCAUGUGGAGAAUGUUCUCAAAACCUACCAUCAGAAAGUCAAUAGAAGGUUACAGCUGGAACAAGAGAUGGCUGAGGCUGGACUCUGUGAAGUUGUUCAGGAGCAAAUGCGGAAAAUACUUUACCAAAAGGAGUCCAACUACAAUAGGCUAAAAAGAGCCAAAAUGGACAAGUCUUUGUUUGUGAAGAUCAAGACCUUGGGCAUCGGAGCGUUUGGUGAAGUGUGCCUCGCCAGCAAAGUGGACACAAAAGCUUUGUAUGCCAUGAAGACCCUGAGGAAGAAAGACGUCCUGAACAGGAACCAGGUGGCCCACGUGAAAGCGGAGAGAGACAUCUUGGCCGAGGCUGACAACGAAUGGGUAGUGAAACUCUACUACUCCUUUCAAGACAAAGAUUACUUGUAUUUUGUGAUGGAUUAUAUCCCCGGGGGAGACAUGAUGAGCCUUCUUAUACGCAUGGAGGUGUUUCCCGAACACCUGGCCAGGUUCUAUAUUGCAGAGCUGACUCUGGCCAUCGAGAGUGUACACAAGAUGGGAUUUAUCCACCGUGAUAUCAAACCUGAUAACAUUCUCAUAGACCUUGAUGGCCACAUAAAGUUGACAGACUUUGGUCUUUGCACUGGCUUUAGGUGGACGCACAACUCCAAAUACUACCAGAAAGGGAGUCACAUCCGACAGGACAGUAUGGAGCCCAGUGAGCAUUGGGAUGAUGUGUCCAACUGCAGAUGUGGAGACAGAUUGAAGACAUUGGAACAACGAGCUAAGAGACAGCAUCACCGAUGCUUGGCUCAUUCACUAGUAGGGACCCCUAACUACAUAGCCCCAGAGGUCCUCCUGCGUAAAGGAUACACACAGCUCUGUGACUGGUGGAGUGUGGGUGUCAUUCUCUUUGAGAUGUUGGUUGGCCAGCCUCCGUUUCUGGCAUCGAACCCAACUGAGACGCAACUAAAGGUAAUUAAUUGGGAGAACACCCUUCACAUUCCCUCCCAAAUCAAGCUAAGCAUGGAGGCAACUGAUCUGAUAACCAAUCUGUGUUGUGCGGCAGAGAAUAGGCUCGGGAGAGCUGGAGCAGAUGAAAUUAAGGCUCACCCAUUCUUCAGCUCCAUUGACUUCUCUACAGAGAUCCGACACCAGCCAGCUCCCUAUGUCCCCAAAAUUAGCCACCCAAUGGACACCUCCAACUUCGAUCCAGUAGAUGAGGAAAGCCCUUGGAAUGACAGUGGGGACAGCACUAUGACUUGGGACACACUCAUGUCCUCUGGCAGCAAACACACCGAGCAUGCUUUCUAUGAAUUCACUUUCCGAAGGUUCUUCGAUGAUAAUGGCUACCCGUUCCGCUACCCAAAGCCAUCUCGUUUGGAAGCUUCUCCUUGUGAGGAGUCUCAGGAAGAAAAUUCAGUGUCAAAAUCAAGCGAGACAGAAGGUUGCCAACCUGUCUACGUGUGAGAUGGCACACUUGACCGAAUAAUCCUCAGAUAGAUAAAAUUUAUUCUUCCCUUGAUGCCUACUCUCUAGUUUCCAACUUUGCCAAUUUAUGGGAACGUUUGAAAUGGAAGAUAUAAAGUGUCCUUAAAAACUAGAUUGCUGCAGGUUAUUUUCUCGGCCUAACCCCUGAUCUAUUGAGAAGACUUCUUAUUUAUAUAUACGGUUGAUGACUGUUGGAUACAUUUGGAGCAUUUUGGAAUCUCGCUGUUUCUACCUUUUUAAUACACAACAGUCUCACAGGAACGUUUGUUAACUUGAGCUUGUGUAGUUACUAAUUUGUCCGAAUAUAACCAAAGACGAUCGAACUUGAACCAGGUGACAAUCUUGUUUGCUACAAUCACGUUGCCAAGUAACAGGAUAUCACUUUUUGGAAUUUGAGUCGGUCACACUUGAUUGUAGAAUUUGGGUGCUGCACAAAUCCCCCUAUAAUCUAUUUUUUACUAUUGUGGCCUUCAAGCACACAAAUUCAGCUUCUUCAGCCCUGGAGAAUAUCUUAAUGUUAUCAGUUUUAUUGAUUGUCCUUUAAAACUUUAAUUUACCCCAGUGACAACGACGUGCUUCAGUUUGUGAAACUUUUGAAAGGGGUCCAGUAUUUUCAAGAAGUGUAUUAUACAUAUUCUUAAUAUUGCUGUACUGAGCUUCACUGACGUACUGUGGCAGGCAGCCAUAGCCACCACUGGGGGCGGACUGCAGUGCGGUAAAUAUUAAAUCCGCUGCUAUACUUAUUUGGAAAUGUAUUUACGGACACUGAAGGAGCUUAUUCAGACUUUUAUUUAUAUAUUUUUUUUGAGGGGGGGGGGUUACAUAUAAAACAUACUUUAUGAUUUAUCAUACUUGCAAAACUUUUCUAACAGUUAUGACCACCUCAACAAUAACCUAUAUAUUUUUUAGAAAGAGCACUUAUAUUUUCUAAUGUAUUUGUGUGUAGUUACGUCUUGGUAGUCUUUUAACGUGACUUAACAAACUUCUGUUCACAAACCAAAAGACCUGUGCGGUUCAAGCGUUGCUUGAGCUAAUGUUUUGACAUAGAAGUUGAUGGCAACAGUUGACCGUAGGGUGAUAACGAAGUGGUUGGUGGGAGACUAGCUGCGGCCUUUUCGGUGCCGAGGACCCCCUUUAGAGAGAACUGCGAUCAUCCUCUUGUCUUACAAAAGGUUCUGCAGCAGUUGAGUUUGGUAAGUGUGAAUUAGGAGGACAAAGCUGCAAGCGAUCAAGAAGAUACAUUUCUUCCAGUAGUAUAUAGAUUUUGUAAGAAAACACCUGUUGCUUUGCGUUACAGCACCUUCAUGAACAUAGCACCAUGUUAAGUAAAGCCAAAGGUUCCUUAAUAAAGGAGUAUUUUGUAGGGAAAGUCCAAAAGAGGAUAUAUUAUUGAAAGCACCAACCUUAGGUUUUUUUUUUUAAAAAAGCCUAUCACAAGAUUUCACUAAUUCAUGGUUUAAAAAAAAAAAAAGUGUAAUAAAGUUGAACAAAACAAUAAAACUGUAAAUUGUAAAAUAAAAUACAAAUCUAUAUAUAUAAAGUUUAUAAUUAUAUACAUAUGUAUCUUGGGUUAUUGUGUAUGCAAGUAUAUAUAUAUAUAUAUAUAUAUAUAUAUAUAUAUAUAUUUAUACUGUAUGUAUAUAUGUGUGUGUGUGUGUGUGUAUAUAUAUAUAUAUAUAUAUGUGUAUAUAUACACACACACAAUACAUUGUUUGCACCAAAAUGACAAAAUUAAAAAAACACACCGCUCUAUAACGUAGGAAAGGCCUUUAACCCCAAAAUAUGUGAUAUGACUUUUGUGCAAUAUUCUUACAAUAAUUAGCUUUUUUAAAAUACAAAAAGUUUUCUAAGGUUGUUUCUGCCAUUUAUUUAGACUGUUUUUCUGCAUUUUGAAUUGUGAUAAAUCUCCUAAGCUGUUCGUGAUUUGCCUGGGUGGGUUUGAGUAGAACGUGUCCGCUUUCUUGAUCAGUAGUUUGCAGUGUCACCAGACUCACAGGCCGGUCCUGUGAGACUGUGUAAGUGAUAGUAGGAAGCAUGGAAGGAAGUUGUGCGUGUGUUAUUGGCGUGUCUGGUCAGAAGAAGGCUGCUCUUCGGAAGAGAGGAAGGUGGCCGCUCUGUGGAGCUUUGGGAGAGAAUGUUGAUGUAUAAUAUUUUCUGUAUAUAUCCACGUGGCUUCUUGUGGUGUACCGUCACCUAAUCACUGUGCAGACAUUUGAGUGGUUCGAAGGAAUAUUACAUUUACUAGAAAACAGUGACAUCACGGAGUGCCUCCAGUGAGUGAUGUCACUAGGUUCGAGUGUAUUAACAUUGCUUGUAUUGCCUUCACUGUGUCUAGAUGACGGGGACACUGCAGAUUUGAAUGAUUUUCAUCUGCAUUAAUGGCUUUUGCAGCAUUACUUUCCCUGUAUAGCUAAAUUGAAAUUAACUACAUAUCUGAACUACCUUAUCACAUGUCUGAUCUAUGUAUCAGAUGUAAACAGUGGCCCUCUGUCAUAAUUUCUAUGUAUUAUAUUUUGGUAUACGAUCUCUUGAACAGAUAACAUCGAAAGCUGUCUGGUCCAGGGUACAUGUAUCGCAAUUCAAGUAAUU